AUUAAAUCGGUGCACUAGCGGGUGGGGCAGACCCUGGGCUAGCAGGCCUCAGGGAGAACUCCAAUGGCGUCUGUGUCAGCAAGCCCACACCAGGCCACAACAAUGGCCGCCGCCAAUGUCCCAGUCCCUGGACAGGUCUCACCUCUCACCGAGAUGCACUCAUGGCCUAUUAGAAACAGUGCUGCAAUGAUCAUUUCAGUACCUAUAUUUUUGGCAUACUUUUGCCAAUAUAUUCAAAGGAAUGCUCUUCUGUGCAGCCUCCUGGUUUGGGCCACCUUCGUGACUUUAUGCAAUGCCCAGUGCUAUGUCAUACUUAAUGAGAACACUCCAGACAAUUUAUCUAAUGAAUGCAAGGAUCUGGAUGGAGUCACACACCCGAUGAACUCAACGUGGAAGACUGAAAGCUGUGUGGAGUGUUCUUGUGGGCAAGACGGAAUUAACUGUUGCAACACCGUUGCUGUACCUGUGGGUUAUGACAAAAUCAAGUGCCAGAAAAUCUUUAACAAGGAGACCUGCAGCUACAAGGUGGUGGAGCGGGAGAACGCAGAAAAGAUCUGUUCUGUUAGUGGAUGGAUGCUGUAACGUGCUUCUAGAGGGCCCAGGUCCUCCCAGGCCGGACCUCAUUCUCCUGUGGCCUCUAACAGUCUAUGCUUGUGUAAUCCUACCUAUCAGUAAAAAAAAUGUUUGAGCAAACACUUGAAUGGGUGUAUUUUUAAUUCAGAAAUUGUGUGCAUUGAUAUAAUACACAUUAUAAAGCAUGCAAACAUUUAAAGGAGGAGACAAAAAAUAAAUAUGAAUGAAAGUUACUAUUUUCCCUAUACUCCAAUAGAUCACUGUGCAUCGUACUCAGGGGACCCACUGCCGCUUCUGUGGCUUCUGAUAUGUCUGCACUCUGCUGCCCGGGUGUCCCGCCAUCUGGCAAACAAUUCAAAAAAUAAACGUGUC